AUGUUAUCGUGGAAGAAGAAACUACAAACCCAUAAAAAAAAAGUCCUGCCAUCCAAAAUCUCAUCAUUUUCCAUUUCUCCUACUGUUUCCCCCACUUCUGCCAAUAGUUCCCCUGUGUCUCCUACAUCAAGGUCGCAACCCCGUAGUGAUUCAAGCAACAAUGUAAACAAUCCAAGCUCGCUCAGAUCUGGACGGCUUUCUAUCAUUCUCCACGAAACUCAAGAUCUUAGGCUUCCAUUUGACCCAGUUUAUAAUGAGUUUAUUCUUGAUAGGAUUGCCAGUUGUGGAAUUGAUUGUGAUUUGCAAAGUAUUGGCAGGAACCUUAUCCGUGCGUCGCAGAACUUCCCAAAUCAACAGUUCAUCCCCGGAGAGAUUGUUACCCAGUGUUUGCCUGCCGUGGUAUCGAUCAUGGCUAACGAGGAAAGUGUUAGGAAUCCAUUGGUUUAUGCCACGGUAGAGUUGGAUAAGAAUGUUUCGUUGGUGCAACCCACUGGCGGGAAAAUGGCCAAUCCAAAGUUUGAUGAGAUCUCAUAUUUUGAUGUCAAUAGCAAUAGUGUAAUGGUGAUCCAGUUACUUAUCAAGAUCCCUAACGCUUUAAUCCCUACGAAUUUCCGUUCUCUUGUCAACCCUGCAACACCAUCCCAGGAUAUUUUGAUUGGAACUAUCAAGGUUAAUCUUAAUUAUUCUGAGGAAACCAUCAUUUUGGACCAUGAAUGGUUACUGCUCCAGUCACCAAUGUCUAUAAGAACUCUUAACAACUCAGGGAGCGUUCGUAUCUCCAUCCAUUACAAACCUAACGCCUCAAACACCCAUUUGGCCAUGCACGAUUUCGACUUGUUAAAAGUCAUUGGCAAAGGCUCAUUUGGAAAAGUGAUGCAGGUCAGGAAAAAAGAUACCAAAAGAGUUUAUGCUUUGAAAAGUAUUAGAAAAGCCCCUAUUGUGGCGAAAUUUGAGGUGGGUCACACCCUUGCCGAACGUAAUGUGUUGGCUGAAGUAAACAAUCCGUUCAUCGUGUCGCUUAAAUUCGCAUUCCAAAGUCCUGAUAAACUAUACUUUGUGUUGCCAUAUAUCAGCGGAGGAGAAUUAUUCCAUCAUUUACAAAAAGAAGGACGAUUUAGUCUUGGACGAUCGCGGCUUUACGUUUGUGAGUUACUACUGGCGAUCGAACAUCUUCAUAAUUUUGAUGUGAUUUAUCGGGAUUUGAAACCAGAAAAUAUUUUAAUCGAUUAUCAAGGACACAUUGCCUUAUGUGAUUUCGGGCUUUGUAAAAUGGAUAUGGGAAAGGAUGAUAGAACCGAUACUUUUUGUGGCACUCCCGAGUAUUUAGCUCCGGAGUUGUUACUUGGCCAAGGGUAUACCAGAUCGGUUGAUUGGUGGACGCUUGGGAUCCUACUAUAUGAAAUGUUGACUGGUUUACCGCCGUUCUACGAUGAGGACGUUUCUACUAUGUAUAAGAAGAUCCUUGGAAGCCCUCUUAAAUUCCCGGAAAUUUUUGAUUCUCAUGCCAAGGAUUUCUUGGAGAGAAUUUUGAAUCGAGAUCCUGGGAAAAGACUUGGAACCAAUGGAUCGAUUGAGUUGAAACAGCAUCCAUUCUUUAUGGAUGUUGAUUGGGUCAAACUCAAUAAUAAAGAAUACACCGCUCCUUUCAAACCGUUAGUGUUCAACGCGUUUGACACCCACAAUUUUGAUAGCGAGUUCACCAAUGAGGUUCCUUUGGAUUCGGUAGUGAAUGAUCAUUUGAGUGGAUCAAUUCAACAACAAUUUGAAGGAUGGAGCUAUGCUGGGGGAGGUAAUAUCAAUAAUGAUAUGUUUUAG